UGUGCUGGUGGAGUGUUCCCUGUGGACAUUCUGUGGCGUCCUAGCACCGGUGGACCCGUUUCCGCACGAUCAUUCGUGGAUAUCUAUAACCAGCUGGCUCAGGUGAUGGAUCAACCCAAGGCUGGGAAACAGAAUGAUCCCUCUGUCAUUUGCAGCCUGUCUGGCCUGGAGCGCAAAGCCUGGGCAGCCAUCAGGGAGGAGAUUCUCCAGCAAGGCGGAGAAGCAGUGACAUCACUGGGGCUGAUGGAGAGUGCAGUGCUCACGCUCUGUCUGGAAGACUGCAAUGCUCCUUCAGAACUGGCCAACGUCCUGAAUGCAGUGAGGCUGGGUGGAGGAGGAGACAAUCCAUGUCUCAGAUACUAUGACAAGGUGAUGAACCUGGUGGUGUUCAAAGACAGCACGGCUGGGAUGGUGUUCGAGCACAGCGCUGUGGAUGGGAUGGUGGCAGCUCUUGUGACUGAGAAUGUGUACCUUCUAUCUGAGACUGUUGACUUAAGUCUUGUCCAAAAUUACACAAAGCCUGUCACGACAAGUAAUGCUAAUUCUGUUUGCCCAAGUGCCCUGAUAUUCCCCUUACAAGAAAUAGGCAUUCCCAAACAGAUCCCUGACUUAAAAGCUGGCCAUCCAGUUCUCACUUUUGACAUGCCUUCCUAUCCUGAUGUCUUUUCCACCCUCAGAGGACACAGAGGUCUGUAUGAUGCUUGGAUCAAUUUCUCUUUGCAGCUCUCCCUGAGGCAGACUCUUGGGGAAUCUGCUACUGGUCAUAUGCUCGUCACACCUACCCAUAUGCGGCACUACAAACAUGGCCGGUGUGAUCCAACAUACUCGGUCACUAUGCAUUCUCGUAAGUUGGUGAGUUUCUUGGCUUCCCGUCUUUGUCCGGAUGGCACAAUCCAGUACACGGCUGACCUUCUACAGCUGUUCCACGUUGCAUUUGUGGAGCACAAAAACCUCAUCCGAAACACCAAAAGUGGCCACGGUGUUGGUCCCCACCUGGCUGCCCUGCGUCGCUCUUUGCCGAGUGACAAUCCACUGAAGAAGUUUCUCGACCCUUUUGGAUGUCCAUCAGUUUACCUCACAGGUGCAGAUAUGAUGGAAGGCGUGGAGUGUGGAGUCGGAAAUGUUUAUGCUCAAGACCAACUAGCUGUAACUUACCUUGGAAAAAAAGACAAGGUGCGCUUAACACUAAAUGGAAAAGGCAGCUUUGCUCUGGCACUGGACAAAAUCAAAGAGAACUUCAGGAUGAACUUGAAGCUGGUGAUGCUCCUGGCUCUUAGAUAUGCUAUUGCAAGCCAAAUGGGAGCUCUGGACUGUCUAUUACAGCAGGGUCAGGCAGACCAGAAGAUCCAUUGUGAUGGAAAUGCUGACAAAAGCAAAAGCACAGCUGAUACUACCUCUGGCAAGAACCCAGACUACAUUUUGAUCAUUCAUGGUGGUGCUGGGGAGGAAAUGUUGCUGAAUAGCAAAGUAACAGAGAUCAUUGAGUUUGCUCUUCACACAGCAUUAACUCUAGGAUCCCAGAUACUUCAACAAGGUGGCAGUAGUCUGGAUGCAGUCCAGAGAUCCGUGGAAGCUUUGGAGGACUGCUUCCUAUUCAAUGCAGGAAAAGGUUCUGUAUUCAACAAAGAAGGCAAAAAUGAAAUGGAAGCAACUAUUGUAGAAGGCAAAGCAAAGAGGUCUGGAUCAGUUGCCUGUGUGAAAACUGUAAAGAACCCAAUUAAGGCUGCCAGGUGUGUAAUGGAAAAGAGUUCACAUUCCCUAAUUGUAGGAGAAGGAGCUGAGGAGCUUUUCCAACAGCUGGAGGGGAAACAGAAGCCUGUUGGGCCAGAGUACUUCCACACUGAUUUACGCCAAAAAGAGUUAAUUGAAAGAAUGAGUGGGGAAAAAAUCUCCAAAAACAAUCAUCCUCAGACAGUUGGAGCAGUAGCUUUGGAUCAUUUGAAUACAUUGGCUGCUGCAUCCUCAACUGGUGGGUUGGUUGGAAAACUGAGAGGGCGGGUUGGGGAUACAGCAGUUGUUGGUUCUGGAACGUAUGCUGACACCAGCUUAGCUAUUACCUGCUCUGGAGAUGGAGAUGUUUUUCUGAGGCACUCUGUGGCACAGAAAAUAGCCAGUCUAUACCACAACAAAGGCUACAGCCUCAGACAAGCCUGCAGGGAAGUAAUUACUGAAGAUCUAAAUGGAACCUGUGCAGGAAUCAUUGCUGUCGAUAGUAAAGGAGAUGCAGUCAUUGAGACAAAUGCUGGUGUGAUGUUUGUGGCCUCAAUGACUGGUGGUAUUUCACGAGUUGAGGUUCUCAGGCCAGCAAAAAGCUUCUCUAAUGUGAUCUGGGAAACAGAUGAGUUAGUUGCCUACCUGAAUCCUAACCCGUGGACCCCUGGGUCAACCAUUCUGAUGAGAAAAACUCUCAGUGGGGCAAGUAGUGUCUUCCAGUUGGCAGUACCUGACUUUAUUGCUAUGCUGCAAGGUGCUAAAGCUGUGUCAAACUUACUGUGUGAGCGACUGGGAGUGCAGCGCUGUGCCAUGGUUUUCAAUCCAACCUCAGAUCAACCAGCACAAAUUAGACUGCUACCACUCCAUGGAUUAGAGCCAAAGUGGGAACCCCACCUUGCUAGUGAGGAGGAAUUUCAUGGCCACAAUACUGGCUACUGUACUUCAAAAAGUGGCCCACGCUGGGAUGAUGAUGCACUUGCCCAGGUUCAAGCAAAGAUCAGAAAUGCACUGCCAACACCAAAUGCACCUUUUUGUUUUGACUAUUUUGGUGACCCUUCCAAUGAUAACCUGUUCUGUCGUAUUGUACGUGGAGAGCAGAAACAAUGGAGACUAUGGGAAGACAGUGAGCAUGUUGCUUUCCUGACACCUUAUCCAAAUAGACCUGGAAUAACUGUUGUAGUCCCUCGCAAACCACUGUCAAGUGACAUCUUCAAGCUGGGUGAAUCUGACUACAAAGCACUGAUCCUAGCCACUUACAAAGUUGCCAGACUGCUGGAAGAGGGAAUGAAAGCUCCAAGUGUUGCAGUAAUCUUUGAGGGAUUUGAGAUUGAUCACGCCCAUGCCAAACUGAUCCCUCUGCUGCCCUCACCAGAUGGUACUAAAGCUGUCGAGCCACAGUCAGAAUACUUUGAAAGCUACCCUGGAUUUGUGUCGUCCCUGGAUGGUCCCCCUGCUGACUCAGAAACUCUCAAAAGCAUCCACUCAAAAAUUACCCAGUGCAGGCCUCCUCAUUCAUGGGAGGACCCUCAAUCUCAUUCCAUAGUUGCCAUCAGGAGUCAAUGGUAUCGCAACCUGUUUCAGAUCCAAAAUACUCUAUUCCACAGCACAGUGGAGUAUUUCCACAGUUGCUGCCAAUACUCAUACGCUCUGACUCCUCUCACCACAGACACCAUUUCUUCACCAAUGGGCCUUGGAUCAGACUCAGAGCCAGUAUCUGUUGAUCUAUUAGGACAGGAUGUCUACCUAGCCGACUCUAUGCAAUUUGUUCUUGAAUACUUCCUUCGCUUUCAGGACAACCUACAGGGGACCUAUUACAUAUCUCCUAGCUUUAGAGGGGAAGAUCCAGAUGCAACACACCUGAACCAGUUCUACCAUGUGGAGUGUGAAUUACUGGGUGACAUGGACAAUGCAAUUUCCAUUGCAGAGGGAUACCUGGCUCAUCUCACCAAGUCCAUGUUGAAAAAACACUCAGAUAUAAUCCUGAGCACAGCUGGAACCCUUACACAUGCCACAGAGAUGCUGAAUAAGCUAGAAGACAAGCUUCCUCUUCCAAGAAUUCCCCUUGACCAGGCAAUUCCCAUGAUGCCCUCUCCUGAUUGCUUAGAGUGGGUACAAAAUGGCCAGCCCCAUUUUGGCAGAAAGCUAACUCGCAAAGGAGAGCGGGUAUUAAUAGAAAAGUAUGGUGGUGCUGUUUGGCUGACUGAGAUGGACCAUCUCGGUGUCCCCUUUUACCAGGCCUAUGUGGAGGGGACAGGGCGGAGCAAAGCCAAAGCUGCUGACCUUCUGUUAGGAUUAGGUGAGACUGUUGGACUUGGUGAACGUCAUUCCACCCCUGAGAUGGUGCAAGAGGCUCUGAGGCACCACGCAGUACCAGAAGAGUCCUACAAGUGGUACAUUAGCAUGCGCCAAGUAAAGCCACUUCUCACCAGUGGGUGGGGCAUGGGGACGGAGCGUUAUCUGUGCUGGCUCCUUCAACACAAUGACGUCAGAGAUUUACAUAUCAUACCUAGGAUGAAAGGAAUGAAGUACAUGCCCUGAUCAUGUUACCACCACUUGUCAGGCCAUUAAAUGUGGUAUAUUUUAGAUGACAAGGCCAAAGAAUAGUAAACAGCAGGGAUCUUCACCUUGAAAAUUUGUCAGUGAUGCCCCAAAUAAAUUGGGUAUGGAUUAACGUGGCUAAUAGUAUUUACUGACGCCGAUCUAGCGGCAGUAAAUACCAUCUGGAGGAAAACAAUUGCUUUUUGAAACUUUUUGUGGUUUAUGCAAAUUAAAAAGUUAUGGCUGUUUUAUGAAGUAAAAUUAUUUGAGUGACAACAAGAGUCUGUUUGAUCAUAAAUUCAAUUGGAAAAUAGAAAUACAUGGAAAUGUAGGCGGAACUGAAGUAUUAAUGAAUUUCUUUGAUUUUGAAUUUUAAUUUGACUUUUGAAAUUUCUUUCUUGCUGAAACAAUUUCUUGAAAUAUAUCAUAUGUAGUAAUGUGGGACACAAUCAAACGUUCAAUAGAAAAAAAACAUUUAUAAUUAAUAAUUAUUUUAAAUCAUUAUAAACAGAUUUUUUUCAAAAUGUCGUAAUCAGCUAUGCAAGUAAAUGUGUUGUGGUCCUUCACAAUCUUCUUAUUUUAUUUGCAUCUUGUUUUUACCUUAUUGUCUUUAUAUGUAUGCAAUUGUUAUUAUUGUUUCACAAAUCAUGUAUCAAUACUUAUGAAUAAAAUGAAAAUGAUUUUUUAAAAAUGACUAUCGUGUAUCAAAGAAUAUGAAUGUAUAUGAAAAUGAAGGAAUGACUGGCAGAAAUAGAAAAAUGUAAUGUUCUCCAGCCCCAAGCUCUCAUGCCCAUUUCAAGAUAAUGUCUCAAAAAGAAUUCAAAAUGAGAGCAGGAUAUGUUACUUCAGGCUUGGUUACAACAUCACUGACUUGUAAAGCUGGUUGGAAUCACCUGCACUAACAGUUGAACAUUUGAUUUGAUUAAAUAAAAGUGUUUGAUGCCA